AUGUCUUAUGUGAAGGAUGAAAAUAAAAUGACAAUGGGUGAGCCCCAGUGGGCAGAGACACUUAGUGCAGGCACACUGGAAGAGCUGGUGGACCACUUGGUGCCUGCCCAGCUGACGGGGGAGCCCUUCUUCAUCCCCACCUUUCUGUCCAGCUACAGAAGGUUUACCAAUGCCCAGCAGGUGCUGGACCUGCUGUUCAUAAGAGAUGGUGAAAUCCUUCCCUAUUCCUCUGAGAAGAUCAUCCCACAAGACCAGCUCAGAAAUGCCAUCUCCUCCAUCUUGGGCACCUGGCUGGAUCUGUACUCAGAGGAUUUCUGCCAACCUCUGCAAAGUUCAUGCUUCAAGAAACUAAUGGCUUACCUGCAGUCGUACAUGCCUGGUUCUGACGUGAUAUCUCGUGUCAACACUCUCCUGGGCCAGAUGGAGGCCCUGGAGCUCAGCAAGGCUGAGUCUGAGGGUGUUUCACCAGCCCAAAAUUCUUACGAAGAGUUGAUGCCAACCCAACCUGCAGCGGUGGUUCCCUGCCUAACAGGAAAACCAGUGUCACAUUCAGAGAGCCAGCUAGCUCCAUCUGUGCCUCUGGUGCCUGGCCCAGUGGGAGUCAAAGGCUCUAGUUCUGAGUGGGAGCCCAAUUCAGAUUUAGCACAAGCCUCAGUUUGUGUGGAAAGCCCAGCAGGAGAAUUGGCCUCAGCUUCACAGCUGGAGCCAACUCCACCUGUGGCUCUGGUGGCUAGCACAGCAGGAGAACCAUCAUCAGCUAGCUCAGACCUAGAGUCUGUGGCUCUGAUGCCAACCUCAGCAGCAGAACCAAUACCAUGUAUAGAGCUGGAACAAGAGUCAGCUCCAGCACCUGCUCUUGAGCUGGAGACAGAUCCUGUUGUGGGUCAAGAGCCUAAGCCCUAUGCAGAACCUCUUCCAGAGCUGGGCACAGCAGUCCCAGGUUCCAUUGAUUCAGAGCCUGAGGAGGCAUCAGGUUCCUCAGGAGACCCUUCAAGUCUUUCUUGUGGAACCUCCCAGAACUGUAUGAACAAGGAGAAGCUGGAUUUCUUGGCUUUUCCUCCUGAUCUGGUGGCCAAGCAACUCACCAUGAUGGAUGUGGAACUAUUCAAAAAGGUAGUGCCCUACCAGUGCCUGGGCUCUAUCUGGUCCAAGAGUGACAAGAAGGUCAAGGAGCACUUAGCCCCAACCGUCUGGGCUAACGUCACACACUUCAACAGCGUGUCAUCCUGUGUAAUCACAAGCUGUCUUGGGGAUCACAGCAUGAGGGCCCCAGACAGAGCUCUUCUGGUGCAGCAGUGGAUCAAGGUGGCCUGGGAGUGCCUAGUGCUGAGGAACUUCUCCUCCAUGUUUGCCAUCAUCUCUGCACUGCAAAGCUCUUCCAUCCACCGCCUGAAGAGGACCUGGGAAAUGGUUUCCAGGGAUAGCUUCCAAAGAUUUCACAAACUGUCAGAGAUAAUUUCUCCAGAUAAUAACCACACCAGGUGCAGAGAACUGCUAUUCAAGGACACUUCCAUAGUUGCCACCAAGAAGAAGAAGGCCAAGAGAGGUCUGCGGCUGUCAAAGGAGUUGGUGCUAGUCAAGGGCACUAUUCCCUACCUAGGAAUUAUCCUAAAGGACCUCAUGAUGAUUGACGCUGCCUUUCAGGACUUCCUGGAUGAGGGAGUGAUUAAUUUCCAGAAAUUGAGAAAGGAAUUCGAUGUGAUGGAGCAGGUGAGGCAGCUGCAGUCCACCUGCAAUUAUUAUACCUUCACACCAGAACAACACUUUCUUACCUGGUUCAGGGGCCUAGAGCGGCUCAGCGAGAAGGCCAGUUAUGACCUGUCUCUUGCACUGGAGCCCCGGACCCAGAAUAACAGCAAAAGCCUUAAUACCAAGAAGCGCUUUGGCAUUGGCAAGGCCUGGAAGAACUGCCAGGCCCAGAAAACUGACCUCAAUACCAGUAGAAGCUCCCAGUCCACACCACUGGAUCAGGCCAAGUGUGGCCCUAACAUCAGCAGUGGGGACAUCCCGGAAGUGACCUCACACAGUAACAGGAAGCUGGCUGGCUCAUCUAGCUCCCACAGAGACCUCAACAGGAGCCUCAACAAAGAAUCCUCUGAAUUCCGGGAAAAGGUCUGGAAAUCAGCCUGCCCCUCAUCUCCAGGAAUUUCAGAGACCUCCUUGUCUUCCAUCACCACCUCCACACCCUCAGCCUCUACCAAAUCUGAGGCUAACAGAGGCAAUAUCAAGAGCCCUGUGUCUGAGGUUAGAAGCAAGAGCUCCACCAUGCCUUUGUAUAAUCAGCAGAUAGGAGACUCCUGUGUUAUCAGGGUGAGCCUACAAGAGGACACAGGAAAUGUAUACAAAAGCAUCCUGGUGACGAACCAGGAGAAGACCCGGGAUAUCAUCCUGAAGGCCAUGAAGAAACAUUUCUCGCAUGGUUACAAGCCAGAGCACUUGGAGCUGGUCCAGAUCAUAUCAGAGGAUAGAAAGCUGAGGAUCCCUGGGGAUGCUAAUCUUUUCUAUGCCAUGAACAGCAUGGCGAAGUAUAAUUUUAUGCUGCAAAAGUCGACCUACUCCGGAGCAACAGUCAAGCAAGGAGCCAGGUCCACCCUACAGGAAGAGGAAGGAUGGAGAAACUGCAGGACACCAUUAUUUGCUAUCAAUGUGGGUACUUGCUACCUGACAAACUCAUUACUAUUUGAGAAAUGCAAAAGAAAACCAGGUCUUUGUGAUGUAGGCCUUCAUUUACUAUAUAUUGCCAAAGAAACUCCCAGAGCUCAGUUGCUCAGGAGCAAUAGUGCAAUUCAGAUGAUGGAGAAUCCUCUCUUGUCACUGAAAAGCGUUGCUAUACCAUGGCUGAGCCCGGAACUCGCCACCUUUGCAAUGGAUAUGAUCCUUGCCAUUGUGGGUGGGGUGGGGCUCUUCCGCCUGCUACUGCUACUUCCCUGCUUCAAGGAAAAUCCAUCUUCACCAACACCUGAGAGAAAGAACAAACUGACUAAGUACCCUGUGGAGAAAAGAGGCCAGAUCAAGAGCAGGAAGAAGAGUGUUGCUCUGAAAGGUGGACUGCAGCUGCCUCACCUGCUUCUAAACAUCGAAUUCCUGGUGAGGACAGAAGAGGAUGGUGACAUGACUGGGCUGUGCUGGGGAAUGGAUUUCUGCUCUCUGCAACGGGAGCCCCUCAUCUUCCUCCCACCCAGGUUCUCCCUGUUUGAACGUGAUUGCUUACACAGUCAGUCUCUGGAUGCUCUCCUCGGUCCCACCUCCGACACCCAGCUUUCUGCUGGAGCUAGUCUUGAGGAAUUUGCUGUUCCAGCUGAGUAUCUGCCUCUGUCUCAGGCAGCUCUGAAAGUCACAGACAAAAUUGGGUGCAGUGUUCUGCUCAGAGAGGAGAUGGAAGGCUCUCAAGAAUGCUAG